AUGGUUCUCGACCCAUUUUCGGCUUCAUCCAAACCUUUCAUCCCACCUGAUUCGCUCCCUUCACGCCCUCUGCCAUUCGCAGCCACCCUCGAUGAUCCCUCCAGCUCUAGUACUCUCCAGAAACUUCCCAGACCAAGGCUUCAUCAAGAAGGCGUACCAUCAAGCUUCCCAACACCCAUCUAUUCUCAUUCCAGACAGGCAAGCUCAGCUUCCAUCACCACAACGGGACAGCUAUCGAAUGGAUCUGACCUGGCUGGCUUUGGUGAUCUGGCGGUCAGCAGGACUCGAGAAGUGGGAAGUGAUGAAUGGAUGACGGACAUGGUAGCGAAAUGUGUGGAUGCUGCAAAGGGGGAUUUAACCAUAACUGGUCUUGGUCUUACAUCCUUGUCUACGAAGAUAGCAGAACUUCGAGACCUUGUCACUCUGCCCAGCACUUCCUCCCCGAAACCUCGUUUGUCGCACGGUCCACCGCGUUCGCCCUUAGCAAAUCCUCGAUACCCUGUCGAUCUAUCUCUUUCUCCCGGAACGAAUCAUCUCUCGGCCAAUGCAAGAUCCUUCACAAGGUCGACUUCCGCUCCAGCUUCCUCAUCUUCCUUCAACAACCUUCAUCAUCCUACCAGCUAUAGUCGAACACCCAGUGGUUUGGGUGUCAUCGUACAGUCACCUGCAUCGCCUACGACUACGGAAGCGAGUGAAGAACAGGAAGGCGAUAGGUUUUCUACACCUGAUCGACAAUUGAGUAGACGGGCGCUUCUGGCUAGUCCCAGCUUGCCUACGCCACCUCCUUCUGACCCAGCUUUGGGCUCACCUUUGCCUGGUGAGAACCGGAAAAGGUCGUUCGGGAGAAGUAAGACUGGUGCGGUGCACUUGACGCAGGGCAAGGCGAUGGACAUAGCUAUUUAUGCGGGACAGAAUAGCUUGACCAGCUUGCCUUCUACAUUGUUCGAGAUUUCCAACCUAACAGUGUUGAGUCUCAGGGGAAAUAAGUUGACGACUCUGCCUGCUGCAAUUGGGGAAUUGAGGCAUCUCAAGGAACUGAACAUAAGCUUGAAUCACCUUACCGAGCUACCAUCGAACAUAGUCAACCUCAACCUUGACACUUUUACCGCUUCUUCGAACAAUUUCCCUAAACGACCUUCACUUGACGAACGCUUUUCUGACUUACAACGAAAUUACGACCACCCUGUCGCACGAUUAACGACCAUCUGCAUGAACAAGCUUAUUUCCCCUCGACCCCCUAACGAUCUUCCACCUUUACUCGACAUGUUCGAAUGGGAUUAUCCCCAGAAAGGUGUCCCUCACCCCUUGCUCGAUCCAGAAGCAAUGCAUGAAAUCAUCCCUAGUCACAAGGUCUCCGAUCUCGGUCGUGUGCUCCAAGCCCUGCGGAGUGCAAGCACGGCUUAUAAGAAUCGAAAGAGAUCCGCCGGUGGUGGCAGAUCUCUGGAUUCCCAUAUCGAUCCUUUUCCCCGAACGCAUAAACCCUUCCCACCAGAUGACGCUUCGAUGAACCCAUAUUACUAUCCUUGCCCAUCACCUCGUCAUCUCGAGAUAGACGCAGGGACAAAUGAUCGACCAAGCAGACACCUAUUCUUGCAUGCAGCUGAAGAGAGGCUAGAAUGGGUACAGAUAUGCGAUACGAAGGAUCUCCCGAUCAGGUGGCUGGGAUGCUCGCCAGGAUGCUUGGAUUUCCUGGAUAAGGAAGAUGAUGAGGAUGAGGAGUGGACUAUUGAAGGUGAUUGA